UGCUCUAGUUUCUUGAUUCCACGCAAUCAAAAUCCCCUUUAUCAACUGCUUUUGUGAAUUUCCAAUUUCAUCAGAAAUAAAAUGGUAGCUGUAGUUGCUCAAGAAAAUGUUAAUGUUGCUUUGGUCUCCCGUACCGGCCGGCAUUUGCAGCGUUAUUCUAAAAGCGGUCGACGGCAAGUUGUUGGGUGUGUACCCUAUAGAUAUAAAACUGGGAAUCAAAAAGGCAUGGAGAUUGAACACGGUUUAGAAGUUCUUGUUAUUAGUUCACAGAAAGGAAAAGGAAUGUUAUUUCCUAAGGGAGGUUGGGAAUUAGAUGAAACCAUUAAAGAGGCAGCUUCAAGAGAGACAAUGGAGGAAGCUGGAGUUCGAGGCAUCGUUGAGUAUCAAUUAGGAAAAUGGAGUUUCAAGAGCAAAACACAUGACACCUAUUACGAAGGGUACAUGUUUCCUUUACAUGUUCAAGAAAUACUAGAGUUCUGGCCGGAGAAAAAUGCCCGUCAAAGAAUAUGGAUGAGUGUGGCAGAUGCAAGAGACUGCUGUCAACAUUGGUGGAUGAAGGAAGCUUUAGAUAGACUAGUUCGUCGUCUAGAGUCUCAGCAACAACGUGAAGCGUCGGUAGAAGUAGGAUCCGUUACUCCGUUAAGCUACCAAAGUAAAGCUAACUUGUAAAUAAGAUAAAACGUUGGCAUUAGAGGGCUUUUUAGAGCAACAGAUGGAAUUGAAAUGCACAAGAAAGAGUUGUUGAUUUUGUUGCAGUCUGUCUCUUUCUUGGAGUUUCAGUUUUGCAUUAUUGGUAGGUUUAUGGUAGUGGGAAAACUAGAAAAAGAAGAGUUGGAUCAAGAAUAAGAAUUGCUUGUUGUAUUGUACUACAACAUGGUUUUCUAAUUGCGAAGAAUUUUGGAAGGCUAAACUUUGUCAAAUUUGUUUGAAUUUGAAAGUCGGUUAAAUA